AUGGCAACGGCACACACCCCCCAUUUUAACACAGACCACCAUUUAAGCCGUUGCAGCAGUGACUUGUCGUUCUCUGGAGAGUUUGGUGCCCACAGGGACUCUUCAGCGUCAAAUUGCUUGUCAGAGGUGGACUUGGAGAGUGGGGUUUUGGAGGGGAAACUGCAUUUGGAUGGUAAAACUAGGAGAGAUUGUAGAAUUUGCCAUUUGGGUUUGGAGAGUAAUGGGCCAGAGAACGGGGCAGCCAUUGACUUGGGGUGUUCCUGUAAGGGUGAUUUGGGAUUCACAAGCCUCUUCAGGAAUAGGGAAUGA